AUGUGUCCCAUUUAUAUCAAUAAUUUAUUCAGAAAUGUCUGCACAAGUAUUCAUAGRUGUAAUGUUUGGGACUGUCUUCACAAACAAUCGGAUGAAACACAUCUUAAAGAAGAUGAAGAACAGGAUAUAGAAGUGUUACGCUUUUGGGUCCCUCAGCGAAGUUUUUCAACACAAUCCGUGCAGUCAUUAACUCCGAGCUUAAAAAGCCUGAAACGCGAUUCAGUGACAUCUGUGUCGACCAUCGCUGAAGACGAGACAUCACGUUCUCCACAGCGAAGACAUUCAGAUAAUACGAGACCACACUGUGUCGGCAUAAGUCAUGAAUGGCCACAACGGGUGCAUCACUUGUCGGGAAACGACUAUUUUCUGGAAAAAACCAGUUCAGUCUCAAGUAUUAAAUUAUCGUUGUAUAAGGAUAUUGUUAGCAAUGACAACGCAAACAUUAUAUUUGAAGAGAGUUCAGACUCAUCGACAGCUAAUAAUAGCAAAUAUUUAGUCGAGGAUCAGAUUCUGACAUUUGGUAACAUUUUGUUUACAAUAAAUUAUGAUCACAAGAAAAAAAGACUUAAUUUAUAUUUAGAUAAAGCAAGUGAUUUACCACAAAGGGGUAGAAAGAGGACUUAUGACACUUUAAUUAAAAUCAGUUUAAUGUCCAAACAAAAUGAUAACAACUCGAGAAAAAGUUUUUCAUCAAAAGACACAACAGUUUUAAUGCAAAACUCGCGAAAAAUCAAGAAUACAUUGGAUCCACAUUUUCACGAAAACUUCAUCUUUGAGAUCGAAAAACUCGAAUUACUUCACAAUCUUUUGCUUUGUUUAUCACUCUAUGACUAUGAAAGACAAGAAAGAUUUGACGCCAUCGGACACGUCGUACUUACACUUAAUUGUAUGACAAAAGCCAAUGAAACUUUCAAAUACAACCUUCCCUUCAGAAGCUAUACUAUUYCAGAAUAUAACGCUAAUGGACCACAACUUUUGGUGUCAUUGGGUUACUCAUCGACAUCUGAUAGACUAUCAGUUGGUAUAUUGCGGUCAAAAAGAUUACUAACCAAAGAAUCAUCACUUUUCGAGUCUUUAUUUAAAAUGAAUACAAAUUCUACUGCGGAAACUUAUGUAAAAGUGACGCUAUUGUGUGCCUCAAAAAAAAUCAAAUCACUAAAAACUAAUAUAGUUUUGGCCGAAACUAAUUCUGAUCCAGUUUUUAAUCAGACAUUCAAUUUUGUCGCUCCGCAUGGGUUCAUAGAUGAUAUAUCAGUGGUUAUAUCUGUGUGUCUUAAAAGUAAACUAAAGUUUGAUCGCGUUAUCGGACGUGUCAUAUCGGGACCCAUUGCUUUUGCAUCAAAUGAUAAGUUAACUCAUUGGGGAAAAAUGAUAUUUGGUUCAGAAAGAGCGAUAACCCAAUGGAGAAAUGUAUAUUUAUAAAAAAAACAUGC